AUGUUUGCCGGCAUUUGGCUAUUGGUUUGUACGCUAUUAUUAUCGCUAUAUUCGGGCGAUUUAUACGACACUCUUAUGAGGGGUCAGUCGUACGACCGGUUGGAAAACAUAUACCAAUUAUAUACUGAUCCUAAUUAUAAGUACUCCAAGAUAUGGAUCUUUAACUACGAUAUCACUGAAUAUAUGACUAUCAAUGAUAACGAAAUGGCCAACAGUUUCAUUGAACGGAUGACAUAUUACGGCCCUUUGGAGACCGCAAGUGACGAAUUGAUUCAAAUGGAAAUCAUUUUAACCGUAUUGGAAGAGAAGCAUGUAUUGGCUGUACCCAAGUUUGGUGCUUAUUAUAUGGUUAAUACAGUGCUGAAAAGCUUUCCCGAUAUACCAAUGCAUGAGUUAUAUCAACACUAUUACGACGGGUAUAUGUCUGGAGGUAUGGCUGGUCUCGGGCUAUAUGUGUCCGAUUCGUCCAACAAUACAAUGCUUUACAAUAUGGGAAUAAACGCUCAAACAUUAGACCAGAACUUUACCAACAAUUUUGAUAAAAUAUUAUGUGGUCUUCAGGAGAGCGGUGUCUAUGACUAUGAAGUGAAGCGAUCGCUGAAACCCAAUGGAUAUGAGGCCGACAUCACAGACCAACCGAAGCCAACACUAGUCAUCCCUUCCAAUUAA